AUGGUUUUUUCUGUCAGACAACCUUUGCAACGAGAAACUGAAUCACGAAGAUGGACAGGAGAAUUGAUAACGCAUUCAAGAGAACCUUACGACACUUUUCGACCAGGGCCAAACUUCGAUGAUUUUCUCACAGGAUUAUCCAGGCUUAAAAAUAUUCCAAGGGUUGAUUAUAUAACAGCAGACUGUUUCGAUAAUUACAUGAAAAUCAACGUUCGUUUCAACGGUUCUUUCAACGGGUUAAUAUAUAGCACUGGUUACGUUCAUGACCCUGAUUGUGUCUUCAUUAAUGGUUCUGGUGAGAAGCUUUACGAGUUCUUCAUCAGGCUGAACAGGUGUGGAACUUUGGGCGAAAGGAAUGAAUUCAACAAUCGUCUUCCAGAUGAAAAAAGAAUCACUCCUGGGAGUAUGAGGAAUACGGUCACUAUACAGUACAACCCAAUAAUUGAAGAAGAGUGGGACGAACAUUUUCGCGUCACUUGUGAAUAUGGCUACGAAUUUCGGAAGACAAUCACGUUUCCUGUUGUGGACGUUGAGGUAAGUCCCGGUAAUCCUGUCGUGUUUACUUUAACCCCGCCUCAGUGUUAUAUGGAGAUUAGAAAUGGAUUCGAUGUGAAAGGCCAGCGGACAGAUGGUCCCGUCAGUGUGGGAGAACCAUUAACUUUGGUCAUCUAUAUGAAGACUGAAAACACGGGGUUUGAUAUUCUUGUAAGUAAUUGUGUAGCUCAUAAUGGCGGGCAGAAGCGUCUUCAGUUGAUAGACUCGAACGGUUCUAGAAGUUUGGCCACAUCAGCCGUACAUUUUAUUGAUUUCCAAAGGAAUCCCCAGCGGUGCUACUGGAAAACUUUGACGAGACGAUCAGUUGAUGACUUCCAAGCUCAACCAACAACUUCUCCAAUGUUUGAGAGUAUUAACCUGUUUCAAGCCUUGGAGGUGCGAGAAAACGAUGGUAACUUGGAUCCAAGGAAACGAAGGAACGAAGUCGACCGAGAAAAUGAAGGAUUUGUGUGUCUGCGAGUGCUUGGCUUUGCCGCCAUCUUUGCCGGUAUGGUAUUUGUUCUCCUGUUGACCAUUGGAUUGACCACGUGUCUGUGUAUUCGUCUGCGUAGAAUGAAAGCCGUUAUUGACGAAAGAUCUGUUAAAAUGGAUCAUCAGUUCGUAAGCUACUUAGAAAAAACCUAUUAA